CCGUCGGCAGAGUUUUGUCAGUAAACAUCUCGAGCCAGGGUUAAAAUUGAGGGUGAUAUCGUGAGAGUUUGUCAAUUUUGUAGAGUGAAAAGAUCAUCGGAGUCUACGUAAGAUUGUUUAAUGAGUGUGGUUGGGCGCGUGGUACGCUCACUGCGGCCACAAAUGAUCAGGAAAGUUCUUAACGAGGUUGUCACGGAGGGAAAAUGUCAAACACCUCGCCAGUAAUAAAUGGUGAAAACACUGGGAGCGUGGAUUUUCGGGAACUGCUUACGGCACCUGGAACUACGGCUAGUGGAGUUAACGCGGCCGCGGCUCGUGCGGCAUACAACAUGGUUGCAGCAAUGAGCGAACAUUUAUCAACUAACGUGAGGCAAAACGAGUUCCAAACCGCUGCCGAGGAUAGCAAGGCGGGCAUAUUAAGCUUCCCCUGCGACUUCGACCACAUGUACGCGAGUAUGACAGACGGCGGUGCCCCGGCGACAUCGGCACUCGGUGUCAGCCCCCUCCGCGGCAACGAGGCUCGUCACCAUGACCUCACCGAGGUCAAGCACCUCAAAGAACUACUACUUUUACAUCUGGACCUGAUACAACAACAAUCCGAGCAAAUCGUUACCAAGGAUAAACUAUUAGCGGCUCUCAGGCAGGAGAAUGAAACGCUGAAGUUGCGUUUGGAACGGAUGGAUAGACGAGUCAAUCUACAAAAACUACGAUCAGAUGUAACUGAAAAUUCUGUAUUACCUGAUCACGCCGGGGCUUGUUCUCCUACCAGUCUGAAUUCACCAAAUACGGCAUCCACUAGUGAUCAUCAGAGGAAUACUGAGUCCGAGAAUAGCAGUCCUCCAUACAACGAGAGUUUUAAAAUACGUUUGAAUACAAGCGGAGGUAUAACUACAGUUAAACAAGAGCCGAGUGAAAAUCAUGUCAAGAAUGAAUCCAAGCAUGAAACUUUUCGACAAGAAUCGAGUAGCGACUCUCGACAUGAUUGGGAAAUUAAGAAGAAAAGGAAGUCCGAAUCUAGUACAACAUCAAUUGGAAAACGCAAGAGAGGUGUAUCCUGCUCGUCGACAGUCAGUAAUGACACAACUUCCACGAUACCAGACAACAAGAGCGUGACUCACGAGAAUGUUAAGAAGACGGAUAAAAAGGGAAAAUCCAUUACUAAAAAGGAAUCCUUUCUAACAACGGAAGAACAUUAUUUUACAUCCAUAGGUGAGCCCAACUACACGUUAAGUCUGUCGGAACCUGUGCCUUCAGAUAAUAGUGCUUCUCUGGAGGUCCCAAACUGGAGGGUUAAAGUUUACACCAGCUGUUACACAAUGGAGGGAACAGAAAACUUAGAUGAUGAAAUAUUUAACAAAAGACAUCUCAAGUUGGAAAAUGAUGAAAGGCGUCGAAAGAGAUGGGACUUUCAACGGAUAAGGGAACAACGGCAUAUCGAGAAGCUAAAACAAAGACAAGAACGUCAAAAUCAUCAGGCAACAUGUUAUAAUACGAACCACACCGGACCAUGCCCAACGCAACCGGCAGAAGAGGCAGUAAGCACAUUGUGGCCAGAACCAGAGCAAAUUCAGGGACUUCAAGUUGACUCACGACUGCCAGUUACUGCGUUUGGUGUGCCCAUUCCCACCUUUACCCCAACUGAAUUCUCUUUACCAUGGCUACAUACAGCGAGGUCGAAGAAUCGACGCACCAAACGAUCUACGGGUAGAAGAAAAUCUUCUAGAAGAUAAGCUGGCACAGCGACAAGCUAAACUUGUUUUUAAUCUAAUUACUAUUUUAAAACAUAGCUGUAGCGACGUCUUCUUAAUGAUUUGUUUUUAACUCUGAAGUGCGUUAUUCCUGCAGUGUUAAAUAGGGCACCAAAGAUGUUUUUACUCUUUAUUUUUAAUGAACGCAAUGUACUAAAUCGAUAAACUACUGUUAUCGAUUCAA